AAAAGAAACAAAUUUUGUGUAAUAACAUUUAAUCAGAUUGAGAAAGUUAAGUAGACUCGAUCAAUGUCAAAGAAAUAAAUGUUGAAGUCGUUUUUCGUUGUAGAGUAGAAAAUAGUAUUACUUUUAUGUAACGAAACGAGAAUUCAAAAGGAAAAGCAAAAAAGAACAAGAAAUAAAACUACAUGAAGGAAAGAAAACUUAACGAUACGUUCAACAGAUGUUUUUUUUUUUUUAGAAUAUAAACGAUUUGGAGCCGUUUUAAAUUACCCACCUCUUUUGUAAGCACUUUUUGAGAAAGAAAAGUACGUUGCAAUUUCAGUUUAGAUUACGGUCUUGUUAACCGCAAAGCGUAACCUUAAAAGAAUAGGAUAAGGUUCCGCUUUUUCCGAUACUUCUAAUAACUUUUCGUCUAAACAGAAAGCGAAGUAAAAAAAUGUUAUAGAGAAUUCUGAAUGUUAUUUUUUUUUUUAAUUUGAGUUUUUAUUAAAAAACAUCAACUAAAGUUGAGCAUAAACAGUAUGAAGGUAACUAAAAUCUAAAAAGGUUGAGAAAGCCUUUUAAGUUUUAAGUGAAAUAUUACUUGAAGUUUUACUUCCAUCGGAAGAAGGAAAAAGCAACUCCCCUUCAACACUUAACCGUAUCCAUUCGAUCUAAGAUAGAGCGUUUUUAAUUAAACACAAGAGUGCCGCUGAAAUCUUGAUUUACAACCCCCGACAGAUGUUUUUUAACGUAAAAAUUUUGAAAUGAUUUGAGCAGGAAACAGAAUCACAAAAACAAAUAAAAUAAAGAGUAGUAAGUAUUUGACCCUCGUUUUAGUUAUUACAGUUACGACAGAAACAUAAUAAAACUUAAUAAAAAAAAUACGUACUCACCCUCAAUCUCUGCCAUCUCGUACAAUACAAGCACCCCUUCUUGAUCUAAUCCUUAUUUACUGCGGACUGCGUGUAGGUAAGAAAACCUUCGCAGUGUCGUCAAUUACGGUCUUCCUUCUUGUUGUCGAGUUAUUGCGACGAUAAAACGCGAUUUUUUACCUAGUAUAAAGCUACUGCUGUAUGGAGUACUGACUCUUACAUUAUUCGAUAAGAAAUUACAUUGUAUGGGUACUACAUAGAAUUAUUAUUUUUGUUAUAGGGUGCGAUAUUUAUAUUGGAGAUUUUAAAUUUAUGUAUGCUGUUGGAAGAAGCACUAAUUAACUCAUUAACUUCUGAAACCAAAUUGUUUGUCAGUUUUAGGAAGAGGAGUCACCAGACCAUCAUUGAAAAGAAUCUGACAAAGAGCAAAAUACGAGGACAACACAGCCUAACCAUAUCUAGAGAAAUAUCAUUCGAACCAACACUAGUAGACUUAAACAAGAGUAGAAAUCGCUCAAUAGAAUCCACGGACGCUUCUUUGAAGGUAGUGAUCAAGAUUUAAUCGAGUACUCAGCAAUUCGUGCCAAUUUUGGCAAGAUGUUGAAAUGUAUAAUGAGAAAUGGACUUAUUGGUAGCGUCUUGGUUUUGGUCUUACCUUUCUCAUCGUUCUCUUAACCAUGCUUUCACAUCUCUCACUUUGUUCGAUACUUUUCUUCCUUCUCUCAACAAUUUUCAACGCUGAAUCGAAAGAGUCGUACGUAAGUGGAAGAAACGAUGAUCGUCAAAUGGAUAGUAGAUCGUCAAGAGAUUCCGAUCGUAACAUCCGCCGCGUUUUGGAUAACAACAGCAUCCGAUUUGGAAGAAGAAGCGAUUUACCACCUUUAUUCAAUCGUUAUCAAUACGACGACGACGAAGACGACGACAUUCAAACAAGAACUCAAAGAGCUGGUUUAAAUCACCUUCGUUUUGGAAAAUCCGGAAAUAAUAAUUUCUUACGAUUCGGACGUAAUCAAAAUGACACAUCCGGAGUUGAUUCUAGAAUUCAAAGAGGGGGUAAUUCAAAUUUCUUUCGAUUUGGACGUCGUUUUAACGAUAAUCACAUGAGAUUUGGAAGAACCGAUAAUUACAUGAGAUUCGGGAGAGGUCAAAAUUUUAUGCGAUUUGGAAGAACUUUAAGUACUAAAAGAUCCGAUAAUAAACGACCUACCGAUAACUUUAUGAGAUUUGGCAGAGAUUAUGAAGACGGCGACGAAAACGAAGAAGAAAUCAAAAAUGAUUUAAGCGACGAUUUACGUUUAGCCGCCUUCUUAAAUGGAAUCGCUUGUAAGACGGAAAAUUCCAACGAAACACAGUAAAAAAGAAUCAAAUGCAAAAAAUGAAACGUUUGAUGACGCAAAAUAAUCGGAUUUUUUUUCGUGGCUGGAAAAGUUCCGAUUAUUACUGUUUGAAAAAGUUUCCGUUAUCGAUGUAUAUUUUGUAACUCCGUGUAUACUUUAAAAUUUAAGCAUAGUUAUAUGUGUUAUAAAAUGACGAUAAUAAAAUAUAUUAAACGAUGCCUAAAGCCGUGGUCUUAAA